AUAGUAAGCACUUAACAAAUGCCAUUUCUUAAAAAAGUCAUCUUAAAUGGCUUUUAGGAAAUGACAAAUUUUAAGUGAACUGUUUUCUGUGUUGGACACACACAAGAACACUGGAAUACUUUUACCCUAAGGAUAUAAUCAGAUCUUCUCCUGAAACAUAGUUGUUUUCAUGCCUGGCUCUGUGCAAAAAUCCUUUCUGUCAACCCAUCCUUUCUUCGACUUCUUUCAUACAUCCCUUAAUUCAGACAUUCAAACCAUCCCUGACUCACUGGCCUAAGAUCCAAAAGAAAGACUUAGGCCUAAAGAAUGUGACUAUAUCUGCAAGGCUAUUCCAUAUCUAAGAGAAAAAGAGGGCGGAUAUAGUAUUUAAUUCUUUUUCUUUGAAUCCUCAUUUGAGAAUAUGAGCCUGCAAUCAUUUUUCCUGUGUAUUCCUCCAACCUAUUUGCCAUCUAGAAGAGCAGAAGGGGUUUGCUUUACUUUCUGGAAAAUAGAAAGUUAACCUUCUGUGUGCAGAGGACUGUCAUAGCUUCAGAGAGUACAAUAAAAGUAUUAGACAUGAUCUCUGCUCUCAAGAAGCUUACAGGCUAGUGGGGGAACCAGACACUAAAAUAGAUUAUACAUCAAUUUAGAAUAAAGAUCCGUAAUAAGUGUUAUGGAAAAUGUAAACACCCAAGUGCUUGGGUAUAGAGAAGUGCUGAAGUGUCAAGGGGGGAGAUGAAAGAUUAAUCAGAAAGGUCUCUUGGAGAAGCUGUGACUUCAGAAGGGCUUUGAAUAUGGAGAGAGCAGUGGUCUGUUUGACGAGAACAUUUUCCCCAAUGAAGUAGGGAUUUUCCCAUUUCACAUGGAAGGGAGCAUAUUUAAUGCUAAACAUCCACAAGCACACCCAAGAAAUGAGUCAGUUCAUUGAAUUUAUUAAUGCUUUCUUCCUUAUUAAUAAGAUUGUCUGAGAUCUCUUAUAGGAUUUGGGCAUUCUUGGCCAAUUAUGAAUAACAACUCAAACUUGCAGAGAACAGAAAAUACAUGCCUAAAAUAUACUGUAUGUAAGUGGCCCAGAAAAGUUUGUUUAGCUACUCACCUCAAUUCCUAGGCUCUGAAAAUUAUCACGGAGAACUCAAAUUUGGCUGCUUGACACUUUGAGCUUUAAAAUGUGGACCUAUUGGAGUUUUUUCAAAGAAAAUAUAGCCCGCCAUAAAGAGAAAGACCUCUUUGUGUACUAGACCUUUAAAUUGUGAACAGAUGUGCAUUUUGGUUCUUUUGCUCUCGGGACUGAGUUGCUCAGGUCAAGGUUUUCAUCUCUACCUCACCAUGAAGUUGGCACUGGGCUUCUUUUUGGUAGUUAGCUAUUGCCUGGGGAUUCUAGGGCAGGUUCCAAAACAAAGCAAAGGAAGCAGUGGGGAAGAUAUUCACUUUCAAACUAAAGGCAAAGACGCCUGCACCGCGAACAUCAGCGGCCAGCCGGAAAUCAAACUCAGGAUCGAAUGCAAGAGCCCCGGCAAGUCUUACUGGUGUGAAUUCAGCGGCAAGCCAACCCUCUGCCGUCCUUUCACGAACAAUCCGAAACUUUACUGGAAUCAGAUCACCCAGGAACUGAAGAAACUUCCCCACGCCUGUCAGUCUGUCACUGUGCUGAAGCCCUCGGUGUGUCAGAAGGCACCUCCUGAUGCUCAGCUAAGACAAAUAGCUUCGAGCCUGAAGGGGGCCCUGAGAUCUUCCACCCUGCCGAAAUCUAAGGAAACACAAUCAGGGAAAGGCACCAUCAAAAAGGCAGGAAAAGCCAAGACCACCAGCCCGCCUGUCAUCAAAACGACCCUGCCAGGGCCGGAGGCAGGGAACGAUGCGGGGUCCGCGAAGAUUGCAAAGGAAUAUUGCUGGGAGUCCUUACACAGCUUUUGCUCCUACAUUAUCAGCAUCUUCAGGGGAUGAAGAGAGAUUUUCCCCAGAGCCAGAUUCUUAAAACCAAAGAAAGAUUCCUGCCACGGUUUUCUUCCAAUAUCACUUCCUGAUGGUUGGACUUGCUUUCUAAAGGACACCUUCUGGAUCCGGUUUUUUGGGUUUUUUUAGACGUAUUUGUAUUUUGGACUUCUAAAAUUGAACAUGUCUUUAUGAUCUUUCGGUUUAGACGUCAACAUCAUGUGAAUCUGAAAUCCUCUGUCACAUGGACAAGAACAGGCAAAUCUUUCUAGAGCUUUAAAAAAUGUAACCCUAGGCAUUUUAUUGUAAAUCCUUUAGAUGUUUAACCUCCCUAAAGAGUGCCAUAUUAUGCUAAGUUGUAUCACAUACAAUAUUAAGCCUUGAAUUUGGGUAGAGAGAGAUCUAAAUGCUGUACAUAAAUGCUCAAUAAAAGAAUCCUGUCAGAAGUA